GUGGGAAACUGUUUUCAUCGUAAAGUCAUGGAAAAUAUAUCAAAAGUCUGGCUGGGCGAGCUCCCCAAAGAUUCGCCCUACGUAAAACCCUUUCGUAUGUAUUAUGUGCAAAAUGGAGUGGAGAAAAACUGGGAUCUGCUGAAGGUGCACGAUAGUGUGGCAAUAAUAUUGUUUAACACUACACGACAGAAGCUGGUGCUGGUGCGCCAGUUCCGCCCGGCUGUUUAUCAUGGCAUCAUUAGCAGCGCGCUGGGAAACUUUGAAAAAGUGGACUUGAAAGAGUUUCCGCCUGUUAUUGGCGUAACCUUGGAGCUCUGCGCCGGCAUUGUUGAUAAGCAAAUGAGCUGGGAGGAAAUAGCGCGCGAGGAAGUAUUAGAAGAAUGCGGCUACAAUGUGCCUGUGGAGCGCAUAGAGCAGGUUAUGGUGUACAGAUCUGGCGUGGGCUCUUCAGGCGCCAAGCAGGCAAUGUACUACUGUGAGGUGAACGACGAGGACAAAGCCAACAGCGGCGGCGGCGUAGAUGAUGAAAUGAUUGAGGUAGUGGAGCUAACACUAGCUGAAGCUCAACGCAUGGUGCAACAAGGAGCCGUCAACAAUAGUCCACCCAGCUGUCUCAUGGGUCUCAUGUGGUUCUUUGCCAACAAAGCGCCAAAAGCUAUAUAGAUAAAGCAAUGCCACUUUAUUUGUUAUCUACUGAUAACUCUUUGACAACGAAUUAUACUCUAGGCUGCCUUAUGAUCCACACAUACAUACGAAGACGCUAUUUGUAUAAUCCAACUUCGAAUGCUUUCCAUCACGCAUAGCGUUACACAAGAAUUUCAACUGCCGCUCGAGUCUAAACAGCAAACAGAAGAUCAUGUGAAUAUAUUUUAGAAAAUAAACCGCAUAUGCCUAUAGUAAUGUAUAUGACUGCAA